CGUUUUGAGACGUGACCCACCUCUCUGGCUCUGCCUGUGCCUGUUAGAGAGGGAGUGUGGCCGUUUUGCCCUGCCCGCUGGUCGGAGGGAGGAGGAGGAGGCGGCAGGAUGCCGCGCUGUACUUUAGCUGCCUUAGCAGCUACCGCCGCCCUCAUUUCUGCCUGCCGCCGCUGCCGCGCCCCCAUGGCUCAACUCCGUGCCUCUUCCUCCUCGUCGUGCGCCAUGGCCUUUGACUACCUCGUCCUGGGCGGUGGCUCGGGCGGGCUGGCCAGUGCUCGGCGCGCCGCGGAGCUCGGAGCUCGGGUUGCAGUGGUCGAAAAGGGGCGGCUCGGAGGCACAUGCGUGAAUGUUGGAUGUGUGCCUAAAAAGGUGAUGUGGAACACAGCUGUCCACUCUGAAUUUAUCCAUGAUCACAAGGAUUAUGGUUUUGAAGUACCUAAUGUGAAGUUCAGCUGGCGAGUAAUUAAAGAAAAACGUGAUGCUUAUGUGAAGCGACUGAAUGAGAUCUAUCAAAAUAAUUUGAACAAGGCUCGUAUAGAAACUAUUCAUGGCCAUGCAACAUUUACAUCUGAUGAUCCACCCACGAUUGAGGUUGAUGGUAAAAAGUAUACUGCACCUCACAUCCUGAUUGCUACUGGUGGGCAGCCUUUAAUCCCCAGUGAAAGUGACAUCCCAGGGGCUAGCUUGGGAAUUACUAGUGAUGGAUUCUUUGAACUUGAAGAGUUGCCCAAGCGUAGUGUUGUUGUUGGUGCUGGAUACAUAGCUGUGGAGAUUGCUGGCAUCCUUUCAACUCUAGGCUCAAAGACAUCCCUAUUGAUACGUUAUGAUGAGGUGCUGAGAAAUUUUGAUUCGAUGAUCAGUUCAAACUGCACUUGGGAGCUGGAACAUCAUGGUGUAGAAGUCUGGAAAUAUUCACUGGUCAAAUCGAUCACAAAAUCACCUUCAGGACAAUUGGCAGUAACUGUAACAUCCUCUCCUCCCAGUCAGAAGCCCACCAUUAACACAAUAGAAGAUGUUGAUUGUCUAUUGUGGGCCAUUGGGAGAGAGCCAAAUACAGAACAGCUAAAUCUUGACAAACUGGAUCUUAAAGUGGAUGCUAGAGGUCAUAUUAUUGUUGAUGAGUUCCAAAACACCAACAGGAAGGGGAUCUAUGCUGUUGGGGAUGUGUGUGGAAAAGCCCUUCUUACCCCAGUUGCAAUAGCGGCUGGAAGAAAAUUGGCACACAGGCUUUUUGAAGGCAAAGAAGAGUCUAAACUGGACUACACCAACAUUCCUACUGUGGUCUUCAGUCACCCCCCUAUUGGAACAGUUGGACUAACAGAAGCGGAAGCUAAAGAAAUAUAUGGGGGAGAGAAUGUGAAAAUCUACAUGACUGAGUUUAUCCCAUUGUAUCAUAGUGUGACUACAAGGAAAACAAAGUGUCUGAUGAAACUGGUCUGUGCCACCGAACAAGAAAAAGUUGUUGGGCUUCACAUGCAAGGAUUGGGAUGUGAUGAAAUGCUCCAAGGCUUUGCUGUUGCUGUCAAAAUGGGAGCAACAAAGGCUGACUUUGAUCAGACUGUGGCCAUUCACCCAACUUCUGCAGAAGAGCUGGUUACACUUCGUUAACAAGCUGCACAUCUGAAGCUCAGGAAAGCGCGUGUGAGACAUCAAGGACUAAUCUUCACAGAAUCAUGUGUUCUCUUCUUUGUGACUACCGACUGGAUUCACUGCUUUUUUUACUGCUACUGAACGGAGAUGAAAAUCCUUGCUCAUCCACAAGCAUACACUGAACACGGAGGCCUAGAACCAAGUCAUGGCAUGGGAAAGCUACAUGUACAACAGCAAGACCAGAAAAAACAAAGAUGGCACCAAAUCAAUGGGUUUCUAUGCUCUCUCUCUUUCUCAAAAAGAGUUAUCUUUGCAAUGACUAUUUUGCAACAAACUGUGCAUUCUUUGCAUGUCGUCCAUUUAACCAGGUGAGAGGAAGUAAUUGGGAGGGUAAAAAGAUAGCAAAAGAAAAGAAGAACGGGAAAUAUUGAGGACAUUGUACCAGAGCAUAAAGUUACCAUUAUCUAACAUGUAAGCACAUUUGAGCAAACUGUUCUAAUUUUAUAUAAUUCUGCUAGUUAAAAGGGGCAAGGUCUAGUUAUGUAGAUUAUCAAAGAGACUGAUCUAUGGAAAUCUUCUCCAGCUCACGUGAAACUACUUCAUUAGCCAUUAGCCACACACCUUUGCAAUCAUAAGGAGGCUAGAUUGUUUCAGAAACUGAAUUCUGCAGCUGCUAAUACAUUUUGUCAGAUUACAGGCAAACCUUGUUAUCUGUGGUUUCGCAUAUCCAUGGUUGGGGAACUCGGCAUACGUGAAGAAAAAAGACAGACUCGCUUAGCCUUGAGUUGGGGGUCAGCCAUGGCCAUACUUGUAAAGGGAAAUCCGGCAAGGAUCCCCUUUACAAAUCAAGGGCUUGGGUUGGAGGGGGGCAAGGGGAAAGGAGGCAGCAUUUAACUCUUCAAAAUCACCGUUGCCGGUGCAUUUUACCCACUGAAAUUACUGCAGAUGACAGCAGAGGCAGUGGUGACAGCAGGGAUUGCAUAGAGGUGGUGGUGCAUUUUCACCUAAUUUUUGGCCAUUUUUUGACUAAUUUCUUUUUUUAAAACCAAAAAAUACAGUUUAAAUACCCACAAUACAAUGUUUGGCCAAUUCCUCCACCCGCCCCCCCCCUUGGGGUUCCAUAGCCCCCGUUACCCGGCAUUUGCAGUUUCGAUAUCCCCUACACUAGCUGGGAACAGAACCCCUGCGAAUACCGAGGUUUUCCUGUAUUGUCAGCCACAAGCCUGACAAGUACACAGGGCAGAAGAGAAGAAGGUUAUCUGCUAGAUAGAUGAAACCUGAACGUGUACUUUCAGUAUUUUUCUGCAGCUAUAUGCAAGGCCACAUUCUCUCACUCCUGUAUUUCAUUUAUAAUUGUGCACAACUUGAUGUGCAAUCAAAACAGUUCUAGAAGGUAUUUGGAGAUGUGCUGAGUGCAGCCCAAUGAAUAACUAGAGAAUUGUUUAAUAAAGUAACUUAGCUAUUACCUUCAUGCCAGUAAGAAAAGAGUGAAAACCAACACUGCCUUGGUACACUAGUCUGAAAAUCAGCUUACAUAUUCCUUGUCCUAAAGCUUCACCACCUAAUAAAUGCAAAUAAACCACAAAAAAA